AUGAUUUUAAUAUAUGAAAUAUGUUUUGAACAUUUACCUAUUGAAGAUAAUAAAGGAAAUAUAAUGUUUGCUGAUAGUUAUGGAUUUAUACACCAUUAUUCAAAUUAUAAAUUAUGUAAUAAUCAUAAAACAUUACUAUUGGAAAUUCAGGUGGCAGAUUUUUCUUUUCAUGAGGAUGAUAAAGAUAUAUAUGAUAAAAUAUUGAAUUGGAUAUUAGAAAAAUUACAUUUAUCUGACAAGUCGUUAAAAAUUGGAUGA